CGGACGCUCGCACGCCGAGACCGAGGAGGCUGGAAGGCUGAGACGCUUCCCAGCCUGCAGGGCCGGCGCCCGUGGCGAUAAAGGCUCCGGCUGGUGUGAACCCUUGCGGCGAAGUGGAUGGGAUGGAGCCGGGACCGUCUGGCGCUGUGCCCAUGGGGCCAUACCCCCCACCUCUGCAGCAGGUGUUCCAGGCCCCCCGGAGGCCUGGCAUGGGCACCGUGGGGAAGCCCAUCAAGCUACUGGCCAACUACUUUGAGGUGGAGAUCCCCAAGAUGGACGUCUACCACUACGAGGUCGACAUCAAGCCCGACAAGUGUCCUCGUCGAGUCAACAGGGAGGUGGUGGAAUACAUGGUGCAGCAUUUCAAACCGCAGCUCUUUGGCGACCGCAAGCCGGUGUACGAUGGCAAGAAGAACAUCUACACGGUCCUUGCCCUCCCUAUAGGGAGCGAGAAGGUGGACUUUGAGGUGACCAUCCCAGGGGAGGGUAAGGACCGCAUCUUUAAGGUGUCCAUUCGCUGGCUGGCCAAGGUGUCGUGGCGGCUGCUUCAGGAAACGCUGGUGAGCGGCCGUCUCCAGGUCCCGCUGGAUUCUGUCCAGGCUCUGGACGUGGCCAUGAGACACCUGGCUUCCAUGAGGUACACCCCAGUGGGUCGGUCCUUCUUCUCGCCACCUGAAGGGUACUACCAUCCUCUGGGAGGAGGGAGGGAGGUGUGGUUCGGCUUCCACCAGUCUGUUCGGCCCGCCAUGUGGAAGAUGAUGCUCAACAUAGAUGUGUCGGCGACGGCCUUCUACAAAGCCCAGCCCGUCAUCGAGUUCAUGUGUGAGGUCCUGGACAUCCGCAACAUUGACGAACAACCCAAAACCUUAACGGAUUCUCAAAGGGUUCGCUUCACCAAGGAGAUCAAAGGGCUAAAGGUAGAGGUGACGCACUGUGGUCAGAUGAAGCGGAAGUAUCGGGUGUGCAACGUCACGCGUCGCCCAGCCAGUCACCAAACGUUCCCCUUACAGCUGGAGAGCGGGCAGACGGUGGAGUGCACGGUAGCGCAGUACUUCAAACAGAAGUACAGCCUGCAGCUCAAGUACCCUCACCUGCCCUGCCUGCAGGUGGGGCAGGAGCAGAAACACACCUACCUGCCCCUGGAGGUGUGUAAUAUAGUAGCGGGGCAGAGGUGCAUCAAGAAACUGACGGAUAAUCAGACGUCCACCAUGAUCAAAGCCACGGCGCGCUCAGCCCCAGACAGACAGGAGGAGAUCAGCAGACUGAUGAAGAACGCCAAUUUCAAUCUGGACCCUUACAUCCAAGAGUUCGGGAUCAAGGUGCGGGAUGACAUGGCCGAAGUGACCGGCAGAGUGCUCCCAGCCCCCAUCCUGCAGUACGGUGGCAGGAACCGGGCCAUAGCCACGCCCAACCAGGGCGUGUGGGACAUGCGGGGGAAGCAAUUCUACAACGGCAUCGAGAUCAAGGUGUGGGCCAUCGCCUGCUUCGCCCCACAGAAGCAGUGCCGUGAGGAGGUGCUCAAAAACUUCACGGACCAGCUGCGGAAGAUCUCCAAGGACGCGGGGAUGCCCAUCCAGGGUCAGCCGUGUUUCUGCAAGUACGCGCAGGGAGCAGACAGCGUGGAGCCCAUGUUCAGACAUCUGAAGAACACCUACUCCGGCCUGCAGCUCAUCAUCGUCAUCCUGCCGGGGAAGACGCCCGUCUAUGCGGAGGUGAAGCGUGUAGGAGACACACUCCUAGGAAUGGCCACUCAGUGUGUACAGGUGAAGAACGUGGUGAAAACGUCACCACAGACUCUCUCCAACCUCUGCCUCAAGAUCAACGUCAAACUCGGCGGCAUCAACAACAUCCUGGUCCCACACCAGCGGUCUGCAGUGUUUCAGCAGCCUGUCAUCUUCCUUGGAGCGGAUGUCACACAUCCACCAGCAGGGGAUGGAAAAAAGCCCUCUAUUACUGCAGUGGUAGGUAGUAUGGAUGCCCACCCCAGCCGGUACUGUGCCACGGUUCGGGUGCAGAGGCCCCGACAGGAGAUCAUUGAAGACCUGUCAUACAUGGUGCGGGAGCUCCUCAUCCAGUUCUACAAGUCCACACGCUUCAAGCCCACCAGGAUCAUCUUCUACAGGGACGGUGUACCUGAAGGCCAGCUACCGCAGAUAUUGCACUACGAACUGCUGGCCAUCAGGGAUGCCUGCAUAAAGCUGGAGAAGGACUACCAGCCCGGCAUCACCUACAUCGUGGUGCAGAAGCGCCACCACACCCGCCUCUUUUGCGCCGACAAGUCGGAACGGAUUGGGAAAAGUGGCAACAUUCCAGCAGGAACCACAGUCGACACCAGCAUCACGCACCCUUUUGAGUUUGACUUCUAUCUGUGCAGUCAUGCAGGGAUUCAGGGCACCAGCCGCCCCUCGCACUACUACGUGCUGUGGGACGACAAUCGCUUCACUGCCGACGAGCUCCAGAUCCUCACCUACCAGCUGUGCCACACCUACGUGCGCUGCACACGCUCCGUCUCCAUCCCUGCACCUGCCUACUAUGCCCGCCUGGUGGCCUUCCGUGCCCGCUACCACCUGGUGGACAAGGAGCACGACAGCGGGGAGGGCAGCCACGUGUCCGGUCAGAGUAACGGUCGAGACCCUCAGGCUCUGGCGAAAGCUGUGCAGAUUCAUCACGACACCCUGAGGACCAUGUAUUUCGCCUGAGGGACCCUCGCCACUUGUUCUGCCUGGCCCAUGUGGGGUGCUGCAGGGUCCUCGUCACCUCCCUAUCCUGGAGCCAGUACACACAGAACUUCACCAGAACUACAAAAUCCAUGCGCCUGAACCGAACAAUGCCCAAUUAAUAUGGAGCAUCCUGUCCCCAACUUUUAUUUUUCCUCAUUUAAAAAAACAAAAAAAGCCGGCCAGGCAGGGCUGUGCUCCUUUUUGUGUGUGUGUG